CCCCAGCCUUGUGAUGAAAUAGGGCCAUCGUCACGUUCCAUCACCGUGACCUUGACCGAAAAGCUCCCAUCCUCCUCUGAUCGCGUCUUUGAUGAACUGCCAUGGUACCGUUCCUGGGUGAUCGAGCAGGUCCGUAGUCAGCCACGACGAAUCUUCCUAUGUCUGCCGGAGAUUGAUUUCGAUGGAGAUCCCGACUGGACGGGCUUCUUUCUCCUUUGGGACCAGAUACCAGAACUCAUCCUCCGCCCAGGGCCCAAAAGCAUCAGCAGCAUCACGGACACGCUCAUAAGUUCCGGCACCAUAUCAAUCCAAGACAACGACGAAGGUCCUCAGUCCGCCAAAGACCUCGUAUUUUCUGUCCUCGGACGGCAAAGUGUCUGCCGCGUGGAGAUUCAAUGGGUCGACUGCCUACCCUGCCACCUCGAGCUCGACAGACCUUCAGGGAGGCUUUUCGUCUACCGAUACCCAUCAUUUUGCGUCGCGAGUCUCCAGCAACACCGAGGGGUGGACGGGAAUGAAGGGCGCAACAGUGUGGUAUAUCGCUGCGCAUUCGACAGACCGGAUUUGGUCCCGUGGGCAACCGAGGAGGGUGUCACAGGUCUGCUGGAGGAGGUGUUGCUUUCAUUUCAGUGUCCUGUGCCGUUGACUGGGCGGGAUGAGUACAAUCUUGCUGGUGACUUCCCCCAUCUUCGCAGCAGGAUUGUCCGGUUGAACAGUUAUGCAGCAGGCAAGAAACCACGCUCUCUUCGCCAGCUAUGGCAGGACAGGCGGGACUCGACCGCAUGGCUCGCGUUCUGGAGCGUCCUGAUCUUUGGCACAUCAAGCAUUCUGAUCGGUCUUGUGCAGAUGGUCUUUCAAAUCUUGCAGUAUGUUGACUCUAUGAAGAAAGUCGGGGACUGA